UUGUUAUGGGUAUACAGGUGUUUUUGUUGAUGGGUAUACAGACUGUCAGUCAGUCAAUCAGAUGAGAGAUAAUCGCACAUAUGAGGUUUGGCACAUCGUCUGCGCACCAGUUUCCCCCAAUAAAUAAUACUGGAAUUGGAAGCGAGUUGGGCCAUGACCCUCCAAUCACAGGUAUGUAAGGGGAGAAGAGAGAGAGGGGGAGGGAGGGAGAGAACCUCCGUGAGUUGAGCCGUGUUGGAGAGACGCACAGUAAUCCCGUGGAGUGGAGAGAGAGACAGGUCCCGCACCGGCCGGCUCGGAUAUUAGAGCUUUAUUCUUCUCCCCACGCUGCCGGGGGUGGCUGAGUAAGUGGGCGCACUGCCUGGAUGUCACGCAAAAACUAGUUCCACUGAUUUCUUUGAGGCUGACUGGUCGGCUGUUUUUUGGGGGGAGGGGGUGGGUGCCCAAUGCGCUCCGAGCGCACAGCCUGAAGGAGGAGGAGAGCAGCAGAGCGCACCGACAGACUCUCCAGGAGUUACCAGCGUGUUAACGGAGACAGAGUAUGACGGGAUGUGAGCUGAACUUGUGGUAGAAUGGCACCGCAUCUCACAUGGAUCUCUGAGGGAUGGCAGCUUUUCACCACCAUCACCACCACCACCAUCCGAGCGCGGACCUGCGGCGGCUCUUCCACCGGCUCACCGUCGCCUCCUCUCUGAGCAUCCUCUGCUUCUCCCUGGUCUAUCUCCUCACCGGAUGCUGCGAGUCGGAGCUGACAGAAAACUCUGAGAUCAAGACACCGACGCGCGAGUUCCUGGUGUCGGGGUCAGGAUGGCCGUACGAGAGGAACGGAACCGGCGCCGCUCAGGACGGUAUGUCCGCUGCAGGCGAGGGCGCAUUCAGCGGUCAUCCCGGGCUGGAGGCGAACAGCUCGGGAAAAGAGUGGACCGCCACUCGGAGGUUACCCCAGGCUCUGAUCAUAGGGGUUAAAAAGGGAGGCACCAGGGCUCUGCUGGAGUUUCUGCGGCUCCACCCGGACAUCCGCGCCCUGGGGUCUGAGCCACACUUCUUCGACCGGCAUUACGCACGGGGACUGGACUGGUACAGAAGUAUGAUGCCUAAAGCCCUGGAUGGCCAGAUUGUUAUGGAGAAGACGCCUCGUUACUUUGUCACCGUGGAAACGCCAGAACGAGUCCACGCCAUGUCGCAGGAUGUAAAGCUGAUUGUGGUCGUCCGAGACCCCGUGACUCGAGCCAUAUCUGACUACACGCAGAUCAUCUCCAAGACCCCCGACAUCCCUCCAUUUGAGAGCCUCGCCUUCAAAAACCGCACCACAGGUCAGAUUGAUUCUCUGUGGAGCCCACUGUGGAUCGGCCUGUACGCCCAGCACCUGGAGCGUUGGCUGACCUGGUUCCCCAGGUCCCAGAUCCAUCUGGUCAGCGGGGAGAGACUCAUCUCCGACCCAGCCGGUGAACUGGGCAAAGUCCAGGACUUUCUUGGCCUCCAGAGGAUCGUUACAGACAAGCACUUCUACUUCAACAAGACGAAGGGCUUCCCCUGCCUAAAGAAGCCAGAGGGCAGCAGUAAACCUCACUGUCUGGGGAAGACAAAAGGGAGGACGCAUGCCUCCAUCGACCCAGAGGUGAUGCAGAGGCUGAGGGAUUUCUACAAGCCACAUAACCAGCGCUUCUAUCAGAUGGCAGGGCAGGACUUUGGAUGGCAGUGACCCUCUGAUUGUGUGUUUGUUAGAAUUACACUGCUUUGGGUAGAAGCCUGUGCAAAUCUUCCAUCUGACUGAAACAGAUGCAAGGACUCAGUUUGAAAAAACUCCAGAGAACACAGCCAAUUAUCUGCUUCUGACCAGCAGAGCUGCAUCUCAGAGACUUGGUAAUAAAAACCCAGUGUCAAUACGUUCACCUCUACCAAUCAUUUUUCUUGUCCAAGUGUUUGAGCGUCAUUUUAUAUAUCAUAGAUGUUGAGUAAAGGAGGCGAUUGCACUAACAGUUUGUGGUAUGUAAAAAGGGAGUCCUCUCACAGCUUUCUUGUUUGGUAGGACACUUAUUCCUACCCUAGGUGGUUAAAUAAAGCAUCUAUGUGCAAGUUGGUCUUAAGACUGUGGUUGCUAUAGGUUACGGCUGUAUAAAGUUGAUUGGUGAAAUACACAGUGUAGCUUUUAGUGUCUCUGGUUUGCAGUUUAAUCCUGUAGUUGGUAGGCUGUAGUGGCACGAACCCAGAACAGACCAUGCAUUUUCACGUUCUCAAAUUUCCAUAACUUUCUUCUUCUACCUGUUUGUUCUUCAGUCUCACUGGUUAAGAAUUUAAGGGCAAUCAAUGCAUACAUAUUGAGUAUCGUCCUCCAAGCAUUGUUCCCGAAAAAGGGGGGAUGAAUCUUUUAUGUGGCGAGUGGCAGAGGGGUGAGCGAGAGAAUCUUUAUAUGAGCUCAGAUUUGACUGAGUGGUUUUGUAUUCUUGAAUAAUGAAUGUGGAUAAAUGGAUGUAGGGGAACUGGUGUGGAUCACUUGCCUUUUCGCACAUUUCUGUGCCUAGGCCGAGGUUAGCAUCCCGACUGCAAAACCGCCCUACUGUACCUUGAGUGAAGUAAAGGGACCACUGGAGGACAACCAAAACAAGAGCAGGUCAAAUCAAUGAGACAGGGUCAACCUGUCAUUGGCCAUUUCUCUGGAUGUGAUGUUUGAAGCUUUCAGGCUUUCUUGUGUUACUGUGAGGGCCUACUUACAGGGUUGUCUGUUUUCAGUUUGCAUGUAUUUGCACUAGUUUGAAAGCAUAAAAAAUAAAAAGUAUUUUUAAACAUUAAGCAUUCUUUCUCACAGCUUCUUUUCAUCAUUGUUUACUACAAAACGCUAAUAUUGUACGGUUUUAUUUUGUGUAUGGUUUGGAUUUAUGUUGAAUGAGAGCUCAGAGCAGUAAUGCAAUUGCUCUGCAAAUAAAUUAAUUUACAUCAGAGAUGUAAGGGCUACAAACUGCCUUGUUGCUAAGAUGCAGUCUGGGGGUCCCUGUAAUAAUGUGAAUAGUAAAAUUAAUUUAACGAGUUUGGUUAUUCUGUUGGUUUUAACAGGUCAUUCUAAUUUUGAAAUGAUAAAUUAAAAUAAAAACAAAUAAAACAAAAUC